AUGAACGUGCCCACCUUUUACUUCCGGCGAGACGACGAUGCCCAACCCCCUCCCGAAGAGCGAGGCGGUUUGCGGCCGCUAGUGGGGACGUUGGAGUUCCGUGGAGCCGAAAGUCAGGACCCCGAGGUUUUUGGGGGCAUCUGGCCAGAACGGAGCGUCCAUAACAGCUUCACCAUGUUUGAUGAAGAACACAGCAAGUUAUCAGAGAUGCAACAACCAUUAGAGUCGAUGUUCUGCAGUAAGAAGGACAUCUCUGGAGAUAAAGGUAGUCCUACGGUUCCCAGUGCUCCCCCAAACUCUCCUGCUUCCAUUACCUCUUCUGAGAAGAGUGCUGAAAUUCCAGAGAAGCCUUCUGAGGAGAGCUGCAGCAUCAAAGAGGAGGGUGGACCAGAGGCAGCAGGAACAGAGUCUUCCCUCCAAGGUGCAGAAUUUCAGAAGAUGAUCGACCUAGUGGCAUUCCUCCUCCUCAAGUACCGCACUAGCAAGACCAUCACCAAAGAAGAAAUUCUGAGUACCAUCUUGAGUAAUGACCAACAACUCUUCCCUGUAGUCUUCACCAAGGCUUAUGAGUACAUGCUGCUGGUGUUUGGCAUUGAGGUGCAGGAAGUAGAUCCCCAAAUCCUCUCUUACAACCUUGUCCCUGCUAUUGGUCUCACCUAUGAUGGGAUGGUGGAUCCUGAGCAGAGCUUACCCAAGACCGGCCUCCUGAUCAUGGUCCUGGGAAUCAUUAUUCGGGAUGGUAACCACUCCUUAGAGAAUGAUAUGUGGAAGACAUUAAGUAGGCUUGGGGUGUAUCCUGAAAUGAAACACUUCAUCUAUGGGGAUCCCAGGGAUCUCCUCACCAAUGUGUGGGUGAAGGAGCAGUACCUGGAGUAUAGGGAAAUACCCGGAAGUGACCCUGCCUGCUAUGAGUUCCUAUGGGGUCCCAGGGCCUAUGCUGAAACCAGCAGAAAGAAAGUCAUUGAGUUAUGGCUCAAAAUCCAUACCAGGGAUGCAAGAUCCUUUUGCUUACUGAUGGCAGAGGUUCAGGGCCAAGAAGAACAUAGGUCAGGGCACACCCUGCCCUUUGUGGAGGUUUCACAGGGCACUUACCUGACCCUGGCCACGGAGCACUUAUCAACACUGCCUGGGAUUUUCCCAGAGGGUGGAACAUUUGUGGCCUGGUGCACCUGA